AUGGCUUCUCUCUCUAGAAAGAAUUCUCUAUCUUUCUUUCUCUUAUUCCUUUGCUUUCUUUCUUUCUUUCUUUCUCUUAUUCCUUUGCUUUCUUUCUUUCUCUUCUUUCUUCUUUCUUUCUUUCUUUCUUUCUUUCUUUCUUUCUUUCGUUCUUUGCUUGUUUGCAUUCUUUCUUCUUUCUUUCUUUCUUUCUUUCUUUCUCUUAUUCCUUUGCUUUCUUUCUUUCUCUUCUUUCUUCUUUCUUUCUUUCUUUCUUUCUUUCUUUCUUUUCGUUCUUUGCUUGUUUGCAUUCUUUCUUCUUUCUUUCUUUCUUUCUUUCUCUUAUUCCUUUUGCUUUCUUUCUUUCUCUUCUUUCUUCUUUCUUUCUUUCUUUCUUUCUUUCUUUCAUUCUUUCGUUCUUUGCUUGUUUGCAUUCUUUCUUCUUUCUUUCUUUCUUUCUUUCUUUCUUUCUCUUAUUCCUUUGCUUUCUUUCUUUCUCUUCUUUCUUCUUUCUUUCUUUCUUUCUUUCGUUCUUUGCUUGUUUGCAUUCUUUCUUCUUUCUUUCUUUCUUUCUUUCUUUCUUUCUUUCUCUUAUUCCUUUGCUUUCUUUCUUUCUCUUCUUUCUUUCUCUUCUUUCUUCUUUCUUUCUUUCUUUCUUUCUUUCUUUCGUUCUUUGCUUGUUUGCAUUCUUUCUUCUUUCUUUCUUUCUUUCUCUUAUUCCUUUGCUUUCUUUCUUUCUCUUCUUUCUUUCUCUUCUUUCUUCUUUCUUUCGUUCUUUGCUUGUUUGCAUUCUUUCUUUCUUUCUUUCUUUCUUUCUUUCUUUCUUUCUUUCUUUCGUCCUUUCUUUCUCUUAUUCCUUUGCUUGCUUGCUUUCUUUUUUCUUUCUUUCUCUUAUUUCUUUCUUUCUUUCUCUUCUUUCUUUCUCUUCUUUCUUUCUUUCUUUCUUACGCUUCCCUUUCAUUCCUUUUUAUAAAUUAG